UAUAAACCGAUUCAAACGAUCGAUCUGAUCGGCUCACACUUACGCAAAUGGAACUCCCAUUUACGCGCGAUCUGGCUCUGUCUUUCUUUCACGGGAACAUCUUCACGGCUGAUCGACGAAACGUUCACGAUGAUACCAACUCAGACAGGACUAGCUUUGUGGCAGCGGGCUAGCUAGCUAGCUCUGGUUUCCGAAGUCAUUGGACAUUCAGUCAGUACUUCCCGAGAUGAUGUCAACUGGUAGACUUGUGUUUUCGGUGGCGCUCGCGCUUUGUAUGCUUCAAGUUUUGGACCUGGCUGCUGGUCAACAAGUCGCUAUCAGAAAAUGCGACGAAUACCGGCAGUUAACGAUUAAGAAGCAGACGCUUAUCACGUUAUCAAUCCGGCCUAUGGCAGUUAAUUUCAAUAAAUACAAGUGUCCUAAUAUUGUUGAUCUGAUUGUUGGUGGUGAGGAGGCUAGGAUUGGAGAGUUUCCUCAUCAAGCAGUCAUCGGGUAUCCUUCGGAAGAGAACCCUCGAAUACCGGCCUUCAGAUGCGGAGGUACGUUGAUCAGUGAACGAUUCGUCCUAACGGCGGCGCAUUGCGUUAAAGAUGCGAAACCUAGCGUGGUUCGUUUGGGUGAAACCGAUCUGAAGGACGAGGACGAUGAACAGGUAGAUUUCGACGUCGAAGAUGUCAUUAUGCACCCAGAGUACACCUCCCGUAGAGCCUAUCACGAUAUAGCCCUUAUCAAAAUGGCUCAGGAUGUGGUGUUCACGAAGAUGAUUCGGCCCGCGUGUUUGUGGAUCGGUAGCAACUUCAAUAUGUCCACAGCGAUAGCCUCAGGCUUCGGAAAAACUGAUUUCCACAGCACCACAAACUCGGACACCCUACGCAAAGUCCAGCUAGACAUUCUAGCCCAAAACGAAUGUGCGGCCCUGGCAGCAAAUCGAAAGUUUAACCGAGGCAUCAUUGACAGUCAGGUGUGUGUAGGAAGCCGCGAAGGAGGCAAGGACACCUGCCAGGGUGAUUCCGGAGGUCCCCUGGAAACGGUUACCGAUCAGCAGGGUUGUACCUUCCACGUGCUGGGAAUUACUUCCAUUGGUGGGCCCUGUGGGUUUGGGAAAUCGGCAUCGAUCUAUACCCGGGUGUCCAGCUAUGUGGAUUGGAUCGAGCAGCAUGUUUGGAAUGAUUAAGUAUAAAUGCAUUUAAGGAUCAACAGAUGAAUCUCAUGGGAAAUGACUACACUUUAAAUGUUAUUUUAAGGUUUAGGAAUAAAAUUCAUAUUUAAAUGGAA